AUGACACCCGCCCCCCCAAAACGAGUUUUGAUCCGUGGCAAGGCAGGUGUAUGGAAGACAAGAUUGGCCAAAAGAAUGGUGGACAACCUUGUGCGGCGACUUGACGAUGCCCAACAGCGGCGCUCCUUGUAUGCCAGAUUGUUGUGGAUACCGCCGCGCGACCUCAAGACCAAGUGCGGCCCGGACAAUGCCAAUAUUACGCUGAACCAGUGGCUUCUAAGUAACCUUUUUUUUUCGCUACGGGAGGCGGCGACGCAGACCUUCUGGCUGAGGAUUGCCGCAACGAUGGUAGGGUUCCAGAGGCGCCGGCUCGUGCAGCGUCAUGUCGGAGAGCUGGCCUGCAUGGCCUUUGUGGGCUUCUGUUCCGAUAUCAUCGUCUUCAGGGAGAAGGAUCUUGACUGGCUCGCGAGAAACCACCAAGAGCUUACCGGGGAUUCUGGGUUGUCCGCCGAGCUGUUGGAUGCCUCGUCUUUUCUCCAUCGCGGGCCCGACGGCGAUGUACUGGAAGACCACUGCAUAUACUUGACUUACCGUAUCAUGAGCGAGGCCUGCUUUGCGCUGCAGAUUCCAGGCCGCAACUUGUCCUGUUCUUUAAGUAUUGAGGUGAAUCGAGUACCCCUUGAAUCCACCAAGCCAGAUUCAGUUUGCGACUGCUCAACGAGACGCCUGGCGACCUCAUGGGUCCACAGAGAGCGCACGGAUGCACAGACCUGGAGGAAUGGCUUGAAGUCCGGGCUUCAUGUGGCCGUAUUCCCGCUGUUGGAAGUAGUGGAAUUGCAAAAUCAAGCCGACGAGGAUCUCCGGCCGCUGCUCAACACGUCGGAAUUGGACUUUACCCUGAAACAAAUCAUACCGCCCCAGGAAUUUGUGGUUGUACUUGGACGCUCGUGA